AUGAAUCGUUUUGGUGAUGUUGACACUGAAUCUAAACGACUGGCUCCCCUCGAAGAUUUUCAGAGUGAACCGUUCGUUACAAUUGAACAGUCUCUUCAAUCCAUCGAGUCGCUCAUUGCUAACUUGCCAUCAUAUAUCAAAACAGCUAAAACUCAUUGUCGUUUUCCAUCAGAUCAUGGAUUAUCACAAGAUGAAUCCACUGCUAUCUAUUUAUAUACAAUGGACUGGAAAACGGAUAACUUAUACGCCAUGCUAAACGAAGCAUUGCGAUCUGAAAACAGUGAAACAGUGAAGAUAUGGUUUCCAUAUUUAAAACUAUUUGAUUCAGCAUUGAGCAAAUUACCUACAGUGAAAGAAAUACUCUGGCGGGGUGUACCUCUUGACAUCGGUAGUAAUUUUACCAAAGAUCAGGUUGUAACAUGGUGGAGUGUGAGUUCGUGCUCGUCGUCAGUGAACGUCAUCAAAAGUUUCCUUGAAGGUCAUGAAAACGCAACUGUUUUCUUAAUUGAAGCUCGCCACGGGAAGAAAAUAUCGGGCUAUACGCAAUAUGAGAACGAGGAGGAGGUUAUUCUACGAAUGGGAACAAAAUUUCGUGUGAAGAGCAAUCCAUUUAAACAAUCAAACAAUUCAUACAUUGUACAUUUGAUUGAAAUUGGUGACAACAAUGAGAAUUUAUCAUUAGCAAUUGCCACUGAUAUGCACAAGAUCAUGGGCCCAUUCUCGCUUGAUAGUCAAAUAAUUACAACUUGGAUACAAAAUGGUUUUACUAUAGUUGGUGGGAACGGAAGAGGUAAUAGACUUAACCAACUUAGAUGGCCUACUACGGUCUAUAUCGAUGAUGAUCAAACGCUCUAUGUUGCUGAUGUUAGUAAUCACCGUAUUUUAGAAGUCAAACAUGAUGGAACCCAUGUUCAAGUGGUUGCCGGUGGAAAUGGAUCAGGUAAGAAAUUAAAUCAAUUAAAGAUUCCAGCUGAUGUACUUAUUGAUAAAAUAACGAAUGAUAUCAUUGUUUCUGAUGAAGGCAAUAGAAGAAUAAUGAGAUGGUCUCGUCAAAAUAAUACGAAUGGACAAAUACUCAUGUCUAAUAUUGACUGUNUGAUAUAUUUCCUUGCACAUUUGGAGUUAUGA